UAAUCUUGCUUUCGGAAUAUCGGACUCCGUCGGGAUUAUGUAUAUAUUAAUUUAGUUCGACCACUAAUUCUUUUCCAUCUUUUUUCGCUGUGCGUCUCUCAUAUUUUCCUUUCUGCGCAAAAGCUAAAGGUUAUGGCUUUUCUUCUUUCUCUUUUCUCUCAAUUCCCAAUUCAAGCUUCAGAUUGCAAUUGAAACCCUUCCCUUCUCAAAACCCUAACCCUAAUUUUAUAUUCUUUCUUCAAAGUUUCGGAUUCGAAUUUCCUUUAAUCUCUCUGUUUUAGUUCUGGUAUUGACACAGUAAAAUGGUCCGUGGUGACUCCUCGACUUCACUUGCUCCUGGAUUCCGAUUCCACCCUACUGAUGAGGAACUGGUUCGCUAUUACCUUAAACGAAAGGUUACCAACAAACCUUUUCGGUUUGAUCCAAUCGCUGUCAUCGAUAUCUACAAGUCCGAGCCAUGGGAUCUCCCAGAUAAGUCGAAGUUGAAGAGCAGGGAUUUGGAGUGGUAUUUUUUUAGUAUGCUCGAUAGGAAAUAUGGCAAUGGAUCUAAGACUAACCGGGCGACAGAGAAAGGAUACUGGAAAACAACUGGGAAGGACCGUCCUAUUCAGUGGAACUCACGAACUGUGGGGAUGAAAAAGACCCUUGUUUACCAUCUUGGACGUGCCCCUCGCGGUGAGCGCACCAAUUGGGUAAUGCAUGAGUAUCGCCUUGCUGAUGAGGAUUUGCAGAAAGCAGGGAUUGUUCAAGAUUCAUUUGUGCUGUGUAGGAUUUUCCAAAAGAGUGGAACAGGGCCGAAGAAUGGAGAGCAGUAUGGGGCACCAUUUGUUGAGGAGGAGUGGGAUGAUGAUGAGGUGGUAGCUCUACUACCGGGUGAAGAGAUGGUGGUGACAGAUGAAGUAGCAGUUGGAGAUGAUGCAUGUGUGGAAGCUAAUGAUCUAGACCAGAAUUUUGAUGGCAUUGCAUCUGGAAAUGCUUCUGUCCCUGUGAAUUACUACCAUGGUGAAGCAAGCAACUAUGUGGAGCAGAGCUCUGGAAACUGCAGUGGAGAUGAUCAAAAGCCUAUAAUUAUUGGCAAAGAAGAAACACAGUAUGGUUCUAAUCUGCCAGAUGACCAGAACUUAUUCAAUUUGGCUGGGCAAUAUGAGGUUGAUGCCAAAGCAGUGAGACAUGAAUACAUGGCUGAAUCUAGAUGCAAUAUGAAUGCUGUUGAUGACAAUUACUUGCUUGAUGAGCCAUUUGUGGAUGCUACUGAUAAUCCUCCAUUCAGUGAAGGAUUGUUCCUGGAGGCUAAUGAUCUCUCAAAUCCUGUGGAACCAGAGUCUACUGGAGAUUCUACACCUUUUGACAUGGUUGACGAGUAUCUCAGUUUCUUUGAUGCUAAUGAUGACAACCUGACUUUUGAUCCUUCUGAACUUAUGGGGACUGAAUAUGCUAUUCCUGAUCAAGAUCAUCUAUUUGAGAAGGAUGUCAAUGGCGGAGCUAAGGCAGUUCCAGUGGUAACCUCAGAAUUAUCAGAAGCACAUGGCAACAAUGAUGCAUCCUCCUCGAAGCAACUAAAGCCAGAAGCAACGAUGUUCGAAUCAGAUAUGAAAUAUCCGUUCAUGAAGCAAGCCAGUCAAAUGUUGGGCAGCAUUCCUGCACCACCAGCAUUUGCUUCUGAGUUCCCUGUUAAGGACAGAGCUCUGCAGUUAAAUGCAGCACAAUCUUCCAGUUCAAUUCGUGUUACUGCUGGUGUAAUUAGAAUAGAAAAUAUUACUUUUGGCAGUAGCGGAAUGGACUGGUCAUCCAACAAGAAUCAGAAUGUCAACAUCAUCCUCUCUUUUGACAUGGCGCAAGCCAAUGUAGGUCCGGCAAGUUUGGUACCAAUGGGGAGCUUCUUCUCAGGCAAGGCAAUGUCUACAGUGUCACGGGGCUGGUACUUCCUAAUGUUCUUUUGGGUCCUAAUUUUUUCAGCAACUUUUAAAAUUGGGACCUACGUCUGUACCAAAUAGCUAUACUGGUCAAUGAAGUUGGCUGGGGAGAUGCUUAAAACUGUUCCCUGGGAUGAAUUUCCUUUCGGGGUUGGUUAAUGGUUAAUCCCUUUAUAGGUUGCUUAGGACAACUAAAUUGUUACAGAUUCUUUAUUUAGUAUAUUGACUGCCAAACCUGAAAAGUUGAUGUGUUUUGACCUUGCAUUGGUUCAUUGUAAUUUUAUACAACUGCACACGUUAAGUAGUUUUAGGAUAGCAGAAUUUUAUUUUGCUUAUAUGUAUAAACAUCUUUUAACCAUUGGCGGAAACGUGCCUAAACGUUACCUUGGUGAUAUAUAUAGAUAGUUUGUGAACUAAAAAGAGCUUAUUACCAGAAUACAAGACUUGCUCAAUGACA